GUUACCAGACUCCCUGUAGCAAGCAGCAGUUGUAAGAUGUUUACUGAGAGGACGUGGCUGCAGUAGGCGGUGACAUACGUGUUACCUUGGACUCCCCUCAGUUCUCCCUAUUCAUGUGCGGAAUCUCAUUGUCGGUGGGGACAUCAUUCAAGCUGGUGUUUUAAGGCCGGAGGGAGGCUCCCAGUUCAUUAGAGGUUGUGUUUCGAGGGCUGGAGUAAGAGAUCGCCACUCUGUCUUCUGCUGACAGCGAGUCUGAGCUGAAUAGAAGAUUCACAGGGUCGCAGGGAAAAGGCCAAAAGGCAGCAGAGUGGCUGAGCGGAGAGAAUCCCUCUUUGGAAGGUUUUUUGGAAGAUGGCACCUGCCAGUUUGGUUUUCGCCUGGUUACUGUUCGCCGUGAGGACGGUCGGCUCGACAGCGUAUCUGCAGCCGGAGGAGGAGGAACUCAAUGAAACCGUCAUCUGCACCAACGACCAUAUGGAGGUCGUCAUUCCCAGCACUUUUUUCCUCAAUAAAGUGCCUCCAGUUUAUGUUUGGGAUUUGCAUUUAAAUGAUCCUGAAUGCCGCGGCGUUGAGAUCGGGGACGACUACGUUUUCAGCAUAAAACAGAACCUCUCAGACUGUGGCACUAUAGUGGCCUCAGAUGACACACACAUCAUGUUCAUCAACACCAUCCACAAUAACUUGUCGGACAUCAUCACGAGAAACUACAUCAACAUCACAUUCGUGUGCCGCUACCCCAUAAACUACAUGGUGCAACAACCCAACGGUGUAAACAUGAUCAGAGUGGAUGUCAGAACCAUCACUCUGAACACGGAGGACGGGAACUUCUCGGUGUCGAUGCUGCUGUACAAAGACGAGGCCUUCGAGGACAGGUGGACGACGGUGCCGUCUCUGACCCUUGACGACAACAUCUACGUCAAAGUUUUUAUGAUACCGGCUCACCUGAUGCUGCGUAUGGAGCGAUGCUGGGCCACACCGACCAGCGACCCCUCAAGCAACAUCCAGUACACCUUCAUCAGAGACAGCUGUCCGGUGUUGACCAACGAACAAACACUGAGUGUGCUGAAGAACGGCCAGGGCGCGGAGGCCCUGUUCAAGAUACAAAUGUUCAAAUUCGUCGGCAGCUCCUACACCAACGUCUUCCUGCACUGCAACGUCCAGAUCUGCCACGGCGGCUCGGGACUCUGCCAGCCUAACUGUUCCAGUGAAGAUGGACUGAUGAGGACGAGGAGAGACAUCCCAUUAUCCCACACUGUGUCUUACGGACCAAUCAGGCGGCUGCUACAAGACAAUGAAAAGCCCAAUCUGAAUGCAGGUGGAGUCCCGGCCGUGGAGACCUUCGUCCUCGGGGGGCUGCUGGUGGUCCUGCUGCUGAUCACGUCGGUCUUCGGGAGGCUGUGGCUUCGCUCCAGACGUUUCUAUCCGGCUCGGGAGGCUCAGCUCACCCUGUCCAAUAUCCACCACAUCUCAGAGGUGGCCUCGUGAAUCCUCAUAGAGCUGAUAAAUGGACAUAGAAAAGAAAAGCACAUGUGUGAUUUAUAAUGAUAAAAAUGAAGGUUUUGUGUAUUUUUCCCUGUUAUAAAAUGAAUUUCAUGGUUUGUAAGAACAUAAUAAAGAUCUUGCUCUCUCUC